CGGAUUUACGCUGACGUUGCCCAUACGCGGGAUUAACUUGUUUUCUUUAUAUCGCCAUAUCUGUCACAUUUUACACCGCGUAGCCCGAUCAGCUGCAGAUUGUUAGCGAAAGGUACGCGUUGUGUUCGUGCAGCCCGACACCGUUGUUCGUGGAGAGGUUGCGGAACAGCGCGGAUGGCUAAAUGAAGAGCAGACGUCGGUAUGAGGGCACUGCGCUGAUGUCCUGUCACACAGAUGGGGGCCGACGGCAGUAAGAACAGGAAGAGGCCUUCCGAAGGGCAGGAGAAUGAGCACUUAUCUUCUGGAUGGCGCGGCUUCCUCUCAAACAUUGGCCUGUCUGUCCCAGCGGGCCUGUGUCGCCUUGCCCCGUCUGCCCUUCAUCUGGGCCAGCGUCGAAUGCUCCAGGGCAAAGCCCCCGAGAUCCCUGACCACGUCUUGAGGCUGGCAGGAGUUGGUCCCCACAAGCUGAGAGCGGAGUGGAGCCUGCCGGGGUUUAUUACCAUGUUCCUCCCCGAAUUCCCCCACAGAACUGUGCCUGGCCACGAACACUUUCAGGUGUUGGGCUACAUCGCCAAAGGUUCAUUUGGACCCAUCCUGAAAGUGAAGGACAAGGUCAAACAGAAGACAUAUGCUGUUAAAGUCAUACCUAAAGCAGAGAUUUUAAGACUCGGGGUUUUGGAGCAGUCAAAGGAAGAAGUUGUAGUCCAGCGUCAGGUGCGCCACCCAUUUGUCCAUGACCUCCAGGACUGCUGGCAGACACAGCGCCACGUCUACAUUAUGUGCGACUACUGCAGCACAGGAGACCUCUACACCUACUGGCAGAUGAUUGGUCAGUUCCCAGAGGACACGGUGCGAGUGUUUGCUGCAGAGUUGGGAUGUGCGCUUGGCUUUCUGCACGAUUUUGGGGUGAUCCACAGAGAUGUGAAGAUGGAAAAUAUCCUGCUGACAGACAAUGGACACAUCCGGCUAGCUGACUUUGGUUUGUCUCGUCGCCUGGAGAGAGGGGGAAGAGCCUUUACCAUCUGUGGAACCAUCCAAUAUAUGGCUCCUGAGGUGCUGAGUGGUGGGCCCUACAACCAUGCAGCUGAUUGGUGGUCACUGGGAAUUCUACUUUUCUCACUGGCUACUGGGAAGUUCCCCGUGGCUCCUGAACCAGACCACUGCAGCAUGUUGAGGAAAGUGAGGAGCUUCCCCUAUGAGAUGCCCCUCAGCCUCAGCUCCCCACUGGCCUUGCUAAUAACAGAGCUUUUAUGCAAGACUCCCUCGCGUCGCUUGAGGACGCUUGAUCGUUUCCAGCGGCAAACCUUCUUCCGCGGAUCAACCUUUGACCUCGACCUACUGCAGCGUCAGCCCAUGGAGGUGAUUCUGGAGCUGCGGGAGAGACCGGACCGAGCGGCCAAAGCUCGACGAGGCCUCACUUUGUCCCUACAGCCUCUCAAAGGCUUCGACUACGACUCGCUCCUCAGCCCACCCGCCACGCCACACUCGCAGCAGGAUCCCAGCGCAAACACUCACACAGCUGUACCGCUGCCUGGCCCAGCACUCCCACUGCAUCCUGCUCAGGAAAAAGGUCCACGCAGAGAAGUGUUUGUUUGACAGACACUGAGUUUACAGUGUAAAAGCACACUUGUGCACAUUUGUUCACCCUUGAAUUGGUGCGCUUUUAAAAAUUUUCUAAACUUUAAAAUUACUGACUUAAUGGAAAUCACCUUUUUUUUUUCUCCACGCAUAUUUCAAUGACUUUUAUGUUUUGUGACGUGCUUAAUACAAGUUAUUCUUCCUUUAUGUGUUUGCCUUUCUCGGCUGCACAGUUUCUUGCACACUUGUUUGCCCAACAGUUGUGCAAGAAAGAUUGCACUAUUGUGCAUCCACUUUCCAGUAAACCAUCAUGGCUGCCGUGUUAAUACAUAGUGGACAAAUGCUGUGAAAUUUACCCCCUGUGGAAAUGUCAUGCUUGUUGAUCAUAAUAUUAUAGAUCAUAAUAAUUUUUUCUUUUUUCUUUUAAGUGUGCAAACCAUAGUUAUCCUUUUAGCUAGGUUAGUUGAUUUCAAAAUCUCUGCUGUUAUUUUCAUGUUGCAAGAUGUUGCAGUUAUUUUAGCAGAAGCGGAUGGAAGACUCGUUGCCUCAAUCUGUGCAACUUUUACUUUGAAACAUAGUCUGUACCUUUGCUCAUGCCACGAUCCGACCUUUCCCCAAACCUGACCUUUGCUACAUCAUCUCCUCGAGCAAGUGACACAGUAUCAGGUACAAAUGUGUAUGCCUUCAACACCUUAUUUAGCUUCAUCAUUUAUAACCUAUGUCUCAGGGGAGCGCUUGGUGGUUUUCCCAUUCAGCCUUGAUUUUUGACUCCAAGAGCUGUACAAAAGUGUGCAGAUCAGAGCUGGGACUGGAACAGCAGUACCGUUUACCUCCACUUAACAUUUUGAUCGAUACAGGGCUUUUUCUACGGUCUGUGGAUGUGGUAAGCCCUUGCCAGUAAUCUCACCUUUAUGCACUUACCUGCUCAUCUGAUUAUAAUGUAAUUUAUUUAUUUAUUUAUUUUUGUAAAGUAUGCCCUAAUGUGUGCCCAGAAUGCCUCGUGUGUGAUCCUUGACCUUUCUUUAUUUCUGGUCACCGAAUGCUGAUGUGUAUAUAUUCCUGUUUAUAAAGUUUAUAUGACUUUUUUUUUAAUACUCUUUGAUGUUUGAUAUGUUAUGUUAUGAUGUAUUUUUGUAAUUGCCAUGUAGCACAGAUGGAAUAUUAAACUCUGAC